AUGCACUGGUUCAAGUGCACCCCUCCAGCAAUUGACUGCUGCUGCCAUCACAUUUUGUACAACCAACCGGAUUUCACACAUGUUGAGACAACACUGGAAACUUACUGCAAGAAUCAAGGCUUUCAGGUUAUUUCUUUACCCAAAUUUCACUGCGAGCUCAAUUUCAUCAAGCAGUGUUGGGGGUACACAAAACGGCUCUAUUGCCUCAAUCCUGAGUCAUUGCAAGAAGCCAUUGCCGCGUUAAAUGUGGUGCCACUUGAAUCAAUGUGCAGGUUUGCAAAUCACUCCAGGUGGUUUAUGGAUGUGUACCAGAAAGGCCUUAAUGGCAGUGAAGCUGCUUGGGCAUCUAGAAAAUAUUGUGGACACCAUGUCCUUCCAGAGAGUCUUAUGGAAGACAUGGAAAAGGCCAAGCUGCAUUAA